UGAACUCAAUAAAGCCAUCCAUGCAGUUCACAAUGGAAAAGACAAACAACUAGCAUUCCUGGAUGUAUUAAUAACAUGCACUAAGCAUGGGUUCAGGACAUCCAUAAACCAGAAGCCAACCUUCACUGCAAGAUACCUCAACUUCAAUUCCCACUAUCCAUACAGUAUAAAGAGAGGGAUUGCUCAGUGCCUAAAACAUCGAUCAAAGAAUGUUCUCCUCUUUCGUCGAGCAAUCCACCCGUAACCAUCUCCGUGGAUGAUCUUCUCAUUCUGUUAGUCGACUGUCAACGAUACAUAAAAGAAACAGUAGACGUCCUUGAUGAAACUGGUAUCAACAAAUUACUUUAGAUCAGAAGCAUCAUCAAUAUCUAUAAUUUUUUGAAGACAAAGGAUGUUAUACAGAAUAAUAUAAUAAUAUUUAUUUAAUCAGGAGAAUUAUGGGGAAAUUCUUGGAUUCUCGGCAAGAUUAUUAGGAACAUUUGUGAAAGUCACUGUCUGGAAAAAAACAAAAAAAAAACAAGAUAAUUUUGCAUUCUAAAUUGAUAUAUCUAUAAAGGACUUUUCAACAUCUUCAGAUAUUUGUAAAGAUCAGAGGUGAUGGAAAUAUAUUUUAAAGAAUAUUUGUUACAUGUAAAUUAUUAAAAGAAAAGCAAGUGAAGUAUCCAAAUAUUGUGGAGAAAGAAGAAAAAUGAUGGUGAAAUGAUUUAAAAGAUUGAUUUUGGUUUUCUUUUUGUUCUGAAGAAAUGGCAAAAAACUCAGGAAAGACUUUGUAUCAGUGUGAUAUUUGUGAAAAGUCCUUCACUAGAAAAGCUCGUCUUACUAUUCAUAUACGUAUUCAUACGGGAGAGAAACCAUAUCACUGUGAUAUCUGUGGUAGACACUUCUCUCGAACUGAUGAUUUAAUUAUUCAUAAACGUGUUCAUACAGGAGAGAAACCAUACGGAUGCGAAAUCUGUGGUCAGGCGUUCACUCGUAGAGAUAGUUUGACCGAACACUGGCGUAUCCACACAGGAGAGAAACCUUAUCAGUGUGAUAUGUGCACUAAGUCCUUCUCUAAACGUUCUAACUUAGCUGAUCACAAACGCAUUCAUACUGGAGAAAAACCAUUUCAAUGCGAUUUCUGUGGUCGGUCAUUCAAUCAAAGUAAUCAGCUAACUAAACACAAACGUGUUCAUACAGGAGAAAAGCCCUAUCCCUGUGAUAUCUGUGACAAAUCAUUCUCCCGAAAUGAUGAGUUAACUGCUCACAAACAUGUUCAUACAGGAGAGAAACCAUAUGUGUGUAAUUUUUGUGGUAAAUCAUUCUCUCGAAAUGGUGACUUGACUGCUCAUAAACGCAUUCAUACUGGAGAAAAACGAUUUCAUUGUGAUAUCUGUGGUAAAGCAUUUAUUGAAGGUAAUAUGUUAAAGAGACACAUACGGAUUCACACUGGGGAAAAACCAUAUCAGUGUGAUAUCUGUGGUAAAUCCUUCUCCCAAAGUACUGCUGUAACUGUCCAUAAACGUGUUCAUACUAAAGAAAAAGCAUAUCACUGAGACAGCCGUGGUAAAUCAUUCCCCCACAGUAAUCGGUUAACUAAGCACAAAUGUAUUUGUACAGUAUAAAAACUGUCAAUCUUUUGGUUUAACUAAUUACAUAUGUAUUUUUAAAUGUGACAAACUACAUCACUGAUAUUUGUGUAAUCAUGCUCACUAAAAAGUCUCCAACAAGCAAAACCAUUUUCACCACUUCCAGACUUCUUCAUUCUCUGAAAACCACUUGAAAUCACAUCCUCAGAACCAUAGCUUCUGUGCAAGAACUCCAGAUGCUGCCUCCUCACAAUGGUCCCAAAAGUACAUGACAUUAGACUUGAGUCGUGUUCUGUUCACUGAUGAAACCAGGGCAACCCUUGAUGAACCUGACGGUUGGGGAAAAGGUUGGGUCUAUUUUGGAGAUGAGCGUCACCAGCGUUUACAACAUCAACAACAGGGUGUCAAAGUCAUGUGCAAGCUGGUAUCAUUGGAAUAGAUAUGUUGGCCCAGUCAAGGUGCCUGAAGAAUUUAAAGUGACCGCAGUUUCCUGAAGGAGGUCUUGGAUCCUUGGCUGUCACUUCUAAGGAAUCUCAUAGUCAUGCAUGACAACGCUCCCUCCCACUCUGCUAGGACCACCCAAACAUUCCUAGGGUCUUGCAGCAUAAAAGGUGAAAGGUUGAUGGGGUGGAUGCUAACAUCUCUGGAUCUCAAUUCUAUUGAAAAUCUGUAAUCCAUCAUUAAACAAAAUGUUUAUGCCGAUGGACACCAAUUUACAUCAAAAGAUGUCUUUUGGGCGAUCAUCAAAGUUGCAGCAGAGGCAGUACAACCUGCUACUAUAAAGAAAUUGAGAGAUUCCAUGACUAUUAGGGUUUUUGAGGUUACCUAUCAAAGUAGCAUUCAUGUGGCUAAAUAAUCCCUUAUGUCAAUAAAUGUUAUAAUAAUAUUAUGGAUUUCUGUUGAAUAUAGACUCAAUGUAUGCUUAAUAUGUAUCAUUACCUUUCACCUUUCUGAAGAAAAAAUGUCUUGAUGGGAUAUUUUCAUUCAAAAGCUAUUAGUGUGGUUCACCCCAAAAUUGAAGAAUCUGUAAUAAAAAUGAAAGGACAUUACACGGAAUAGUGAAAACAUAACAAUGGUGUUGCCAUAGUAUGCAAACCAGCUUGGAAUAGUUUUAUCAAAAUCAAUUCACAGGAAACCACAAAAUCUUAAAUUUCAUUCCUAGGCUAUUAGUGUGGUUCUGUGUGUGUGUGUAUAUAUAUAUAUAUAUAUAUAUAUAUAUAUAUAUAUAGGGAGAGUUCACGAAAAAAACAAAAGACGAAGACAGGUGGUGUACUAAACAAACAGAUGUAUUAGUAUAACGCUCAGGAAUAGAAAAAGUCUUUUACAUUUCGAGCCUACGCUCUUCUACAGAAAGGGACACAGAAAAAACAAGGAGAGAAUAUAUAUAUAUUCCGGCAUGUAUAGUAUGUACAUUGAGGUGUAUUUUUGUUUUAUAUUUAUUGUAUUUAUUCUAUGAAGAGACUAAUUCUGUUGUUAACAUCUAUAAUUUCAUGUAUGACAUGUUCCCUUCUUGAAUUUUUGGGGUAACCUGAUGGUCAUUUGCAAAUGUCAUCGUGGUCUUAAACUUUUCUAAACACAAAGGGUGUGGAAUAAUAUUUGAAUUAUCACCAACAAUGUGUUUUUCUGUCCAUUGUCAAUGCUGAAAUGUGUUGGACCACAUUUUCUCAUUUAUUUUGUUAUCUCAAGUGGAAGUCUGAAAUUCCAGAGUUCCAACUGCAUCAUUUUUUCUGAAUAUUCAUAAGAAUUUGAAAUCUAAAUAAAAUUGGUUUACUCUGAAA